CAUUUCCUGUUUCCCCGUCGGAACUAUUUUUAGUGUUGCACUUGCUGCAGAAGGUGGUUGUCCAAAAUUGACUUGAUGAGACAUGUAUGUCAUCGUGGUAGCAAGACAGCAGCACACUUUUUUAUUUAACCUUUAUUUAACUAUGCAAGUCAAUUAAGAACAAAAUAUUAUUUACAAUAACGGCCUACCCCGGACGACACUGGGCCAAUUGUGCGCCGCCCUAUGGGACUCCCAAUCACGGCCGGAUGUGAUACAGCCUGGAUUUGAACCAGGGACUGUAGUGACACCUCUUUCACUGAGAUGCAGUGCCUAGACAGCUGCGCCUGUCGGGAGCCCAAGAUACUGGUCAAUUCAAUUCAAGGGGCUUUAUUGACAUGGGAAACGUGUUAACAUUGCAUAACAUUAAAUUGUCACUAUCCGUACAGUAGGUGGCGGCAAUACAUCAAUAGGCGUAGUCUGCCAUAAAACCUUAAGGAAGAAGAAGAAGCACACUCGUGAGAAUUAUGAACCGUUGUUCAUGUAUCUGUUGUCGUUUUUAUAGACAGAUGAGCGAGUCUGCCAACAAAUAUGGUCCCUCUAAAGCGCAGGAAAGUGAACUGCUCCGUUACAAGCGACAGCAGCGGUGACAGGACCAGCAAGUUUCCCGGGGUUGUCAUCUAUCUCCUGGAGAGAAAGAUGGGAGCCAGUCGGAGAGCCUUCCUCACUCGGCUCGGCCGGGGGAAAGGUUUCAACAUAGAAUACUCCUUAAGCUGUUCCAUCACUCAUAUCGUGUCCGAGAAUAAUUAUGGGGAGGAAGUCCGGACUUGGCUGGACCUCCAGACUGGAGGACAGGGGAGAGAAGGGGGAGAAGGCAGGACAGCCCGACCUGGUUCAGUCCAUCUCCUGGACAUCGUUUGGUACACAGAGAGCAUGCAUGCUGGCAUUCCCGUGAUUAUACUGGACAGGCACAGACUACAGGAGAGAGAGAAGCCUGGUUUGGAGCUGGCAGUGGUCUCAGUCCCCAGCUAUGCCUGUCAGAGACACACCCCUCUACUGCACCACAACAUAACACUGACCGAUGCGUUGUCCAUACUGGCUGAUAAUGCGGAGCUCGGUGAAAACGAGGGACGGGGAGUGGCGUUCCGUAGGGCGGCAGCCUUGUUGAAGUCCCUCCCCCAGGAGGUCAGAGGGGCAGAGCAACUACGAGGACUGCCUUGUCUGGGGGAGCACUCACUCAGAGUCAUCAAGGAGGUUCUGGAGGAUGGUGUAUCUCAUGAGGUGGAGACCACCACGCAUUCAGAACAGUUUAAGGCCAUGAAGGCCCUAACAGGUAUUUUCGGGGUAGGGGCGAAGACAGCGGACCGUUGGUUCAGGGAGGGAAUACACACCCCCUCUGACCUGCAAAGAUCAGGACACACACUCAACAGAGCGCAACGAGCAGGUCUGCAGUAUUAUGAUGAACUGAACCUGCCUGUCACAAAAUCAGAGGCUGUUGCAAUUGGUCAGAUUGUGGAGAGUGCGGUCCAUGCUGUGCUCCCGGGGGCAGAGAUCACUCUGAUUGGAGGAUUCAGGAGAGGUAAGCAGACUGGUCAUGAUGUGGACUUCUUGAUAACCCAUCCCGACGAGGGCAGAGAGGAGGGGCUCAUGCCUAAGGUGGUGUCCUGGCUUGAAGCACAGGGCUUCCUGUUGUACCAGAAGACCACUGGGAACUCUUAUCUGGAGAGCAAAGAGGGUCCUGCGAGGCCAGCCUCUAACAUGGACCGCUUUGAAAGAUGCUUCUCCAUCUUUAGACUGAGCACAGACAACGAAGGGAGGGAGAACCAGACGGGGAGGGAGAACCAGACGGGGAGGGAGAACCAGACGGGGCGGGAGAUCCAGACGGGGCGGGAGAUCCAGACGGGGCGGGAGAUCCAGACGGGGCGGGAGAUCCAGACGGGGCGGGAGAUCCAGACGGGGCGGGAGAUCCAGACGGGGCGGGAGAUCCAGACGGGGAGGGAGAUCCAGAAGGGGAGGGAGAUCCAGACGGGGGAUGGUCCACAGACAUACUCACCGACACUGACCAAUACAGAUCCACACACCCACUCAGACUCUCCUCACCCACUUCCCCAGACCCUUGUGGUGGUGGGUGACCAUGCCCAGAAGGUGAGCUGGGUGCUGGGUCAUUCUCAGUGCUCAGGUCCCCGGUCCUGGAGAGCAGUGAGGGUAGACCUGGUGGUCUCUCCAUACAGCCAGUUUGCCUUCGCAUUGCUGGGCUGGACUGGAUCGAAGUUGUUUGAGAGAGAGCUGCGUCGCUGGGCAGUACAUGAGAAGGCCAUGACUCUGAGCAGCCAUGCUCUGUACGACAGAAAACGGACGCAGUAUCUAAGGGCUAGUUCAGAGGAGGAGAUCUUUGCUCAUCUGGGUCUGGAAUAUAUCCCUCCCUGUGACCGGAACGCCUGACGACAACAUACUGGACUGAUAACAAAUACAGUCUAAGAGCAAACCCACGCUAAAUUAAACCUAAACAUAAGCCAAAUCCAACUAAACCUUAUCCCGAGAACAACACACAGGCCAGAUACAGCCUAGGGUAGGCAAGAAGGGGAGGUGAGAGGUGGAUAGAUCGUUACAUAUCUGUAUUUUAUUAAAUUAUAAAUAAUAAAAAACAUACAGACCCAGGAUGUUGUAAAGUACCAAAUCUAUAGAUGUGUUUAAAUUAGUUAACUAAAUUAAAAUAACUUAACUUCUCGAGCCAUUAAUUGUACAGUAUGUGCUUUUUUUCAUAUCUGACAUAGAUCAUAGAUCAUUUUCUUUCCUUGGUGCCUUGUUAUUGAAUACGUUUUUAAUAUUUACUGCAAUUUGUCUGCUUGUUUGUAAUAUUUAGAAUGCAGUUAAACUAUGUCAAUUAAAAUUAUAUCAAUCAUUUUAGACUUACCAAAAAGCUUUUAAAUGUGACAUAAUGUAGGCCUAAACUGUGUGCAUCAUGAGGGAUGCUUAAAUAAGUGCCCUCAUGCAGUGUGUGUGGUUUUGUUACAUUUUGCAUGAUGACUGCAGUGGCCUAUUUACACAGCAGGUGUACGCUACACACACACCACCAUCCAACUUACGGUCUCAGAAAUAGAAACAUUAUGUACAAAAUAAGUUUUUAAAAAUGCCAGAAAACACACACGUAGCAUAAUUGGUUAGGGGAUCGUAAAACGGCAGCCAUCUCCUCUGGCGCAGGUGACAAAUAAAAUGGGACUCUAUUACCUCUCAUGACAUGUCUGAGCAUAUAUAUGUUUGUACAUUGAUAUAUGUAUAUACAGUGUACCAUUUGAUAUAUUAUCAAUUUAUGCAUUGUGGUGGUUUCUGUGUGUACUCUUGUUUUUAGUUGACAGAAAUAAAACUCCCCUAUUAUUGAAUGAG